AUGGCAUCCGGCAAGAGCCCUCCAGGUUGGUCUCCCUCGUUCGAGAACACUUUAACGAAGCAUAUGAAUCGUGUACAGAUAUGUCUUCGAGAAGCAUGGCGAUGGUCACAGCUCGAUCAUCCAAACAUCACCCCCCUCCUGGGCUUAGCGAAUCUUCGAGAAGUGGCACGAAACGCCCCAUUUCAGCUAUGUACGGUCGCUCCCUGGGCUACCCACGGCAACAUCAUGGAAUAUAUUCACAGCGCUGCUUUGAGUCUUCCGGAGAUGUUCAUCCUCCUCCGAGAUAUUGCCGCUGGCCUUGUCUAUCUCCAUUCGGUUGAACCAACGCCCUUCGUUCACGGCGGUCUGAAUGGCAAUAACGUCCUCGUGUUCCGCGAUCGAUCACAAUCCCAAGGUCGAAUCCGAGCAUGUCUCGUAGACUUCGGGCUGUCGGGAAUGUGGAACGAAGACGAGUCGACGGUGGAUGUCACAGCGAUGGCGCUUCGUGGCAAUCCUCGUUGGCUUGCAUGGGAGCGAGUGGAACCCGCCAAAUAUGGUAUCCCGAACGCCUCACUCUCAAUCACCGUGCACAGCGACGUAUUCGAAAUGAUGCGGACUUUCUUCCAGGCAAGCAUCGUGUCCACUCUCUAA